AUGCACAGCGCAGGGGAGAAUGAGCAGAUUGACCAGCCUAUCCCCAAGGAUGAGGGCCCCCAGGAUAUAAAUUCUUUGGAAGACGGCGUGGGCGAAAUUAACCCUCGCACAAGUGGUACUACCCCUUUUGAGGAAGAAGAAAAGGAGGAUCUUAAAAGGGAAGCAGAGGAGGACGUAAUAUCCUCUCUGCAUCAGAGCGAGAUAAUGGGUUUGCACUUGCCCGAAAGGUCAGAGGAGGAGCCCAACAGGGGAAGUGUAUUUGAAGGUGGUAAUUCCGUUGUUCAUGGAAGUGUUGUGGAGGAUUAUCCAAUGGAUCAAGCUGAAGAUGGUAACUACAGUAACGAUAAAAAGGGUGAUGAACACCGUGCUGGAGGUGACAAGGCUACCCCAGAAGACGGUUCCAGUGCAGACAGCGCUGCUGAACCGCACGUGAAGGAAGACGCUGACGUCGACAUAAGUGUAAGACAAGAAAAACGCAGAUCAAGCAUCCCUCCGAAUGACGCAUCGGAAAAUAGUUACGAACACGUGAAGGUGAAAAUUCCCAACUUUGACUUGACGGAGGAAGACAGCAACGCACUCGAAGAGAUGAACGAUGGAAAGUCAGACAAAUCGUACAAGUCGGAAGACGGGAAGAUGAAGGUGAAGGUCCACAACCUCCUUAAGCUAAUUGGUCUCCUCAAGGCGCAGAUAAAUCAGAAGGACCACGAGAUAUACCAAAUGGAGUUGGACUUCAAGUUGAAGAGUCAGCAGUGCGACAGGAGCAGCGCCCGCCUGAACGAUCUGUUCGUAGAGAAUGAAAGUUUCUCAGACCACACGGAAGGGGCAUCAGGGGGACCAGCAUCCAUCUCAGCCUCUGCAGCGGUUGCAGGUGUGACAGGCCCGCCCGAAGGGGGAGACUUCCUUAUGAGAAAAAUGAAAAGCAUUCUAAUUUCGCAGAAUGAAGAAAUAGUGACCCUAAAUGAGGAGUUAAAAAAAAAAACAAAAGAGCUAUUCUACCUGAAUGAGGAAAAUAUGACGAAAAAUGAAAAACUAGCUGAGUUGAAAAAGGAGAUUGAGGAAAACUACCUCCAUCUGAGGGCAUACAAAAAUGUGAAAAACGAAAUGGAGGUAGAUGCAAAUAAUAAAGUGCACCGUGUAGAAAGCUACCUUAAUGUAACCAAUCAGAAGCUACUAAAAAAUGACAUUUCCAUAAAGGAGAAAAAACUGAACAUAGAAAAACAGAAAAGAGUAAUAAAAGAAUUGUACAGCCAGCUAAACAAGAAGGAAGAACAGAUCACUGAACUGAGGAGCAUUAUCGAAAGCAUCGAACUGAACAAUAACAGAGAUAUCAUAAAAUACAAGCAAAGCAACACGGACCUGAUUAACCGACUAAGUCUAAAUAACUCCCUCAUGAAUAGCCAAAAAAUAGAAAUAGAAAAUAUGCACAUGAAUUAUAAACAACUGGAAGAGGAACUGAAAAAUAAAGACAACGAACUGAAGAAGCUUCACGAAAAUUUGCUAGCCAAAGAUGAAGAAAACAACAAAAUGGUUCACGAUAUUAAUCGGCUAAAGUUCGAUAUGGAGAUCAAGAACAUCGAUGUUGUUAACGUAAAGCAAAAAAUAAAACAUGUAAAGAAGGAGUGUGCCAUCCAUUUGAAAAAACAAAAGGAACACUUCACCAGUGUCAUUAACGAAAUUUAUAAGGAGAAGGACGAGGCUAUUCAGGGCCACGUCGAGGAGUUCGCCAAGCUUUCUGAACACUACAACGAGGCGCUCGCCGCGAACGAAACGAUCAAAAAUGAGCUGAACAUCCUGAAGGACGAAGUGCUGAAGAAGUCGUGCGAGGUGGAGAAGCUCCAGGACAGGCUACUCGACUACGAGUCGAAGCUUCUAAUCUACGAAAAUAACAACGAGAUAAAAAUACUGAAGAAAAAUGAGGACCACCUGAGGAAGCUGCUCAGCAAACACAUCCACAGGAAUGAAAAGCUACUCAACACGACUCUCCUCCUGCAGAAAUCCACACUAGAAAAUAACACACUGGAAAAGAAGAUAAUCGAACUGAAGGCCAAGACGUAUAGAAAAGACCAAGAGAUAAAGAAGCUGCAAGAAACCAAUUGGAAAAAAAAAAACUCCAUAAGGAACAGCAGCAUUUCGCAGGCGGACGACGCUAUCGAAUUGAGUGACCAUUUGAAGGAUCACUACCACAGUGGGGAAAGAAGGAGGAUCGAUCCAGAUAGCCUUAUGCAUUAUAAUGAUGACUGCCUCGAUGUAGGCAACCACAUGCCUGACUAUAACAGGGUGGAAAAAAACAACGCACUCGAUGCUAUGCUGUUCGACAGGGAGAUCAACCAAAUGAUGGGGGUGAAAGAUGACGCAGCCUCGGAGGUGUCACUUCCCCUUGGAACGCCACUCACCACGACGAACGCUCAUGAGGACGAUCCAGUCUACGUGGCCCUCUGCGAAUUCAGCCACAGUAUUAAAGAAACCAAUAUCCCAUUUCAGGUAAAAAAAAUAAGCGGAAAUACGUACCUCCUUAACGGUAGAGAAGUUCUCAUAAAAUUCAUAAACGGAGAUUUAUACGUGGAGGAAGGUUCCCAUUUGGUCAAGCUAAAUGACUUCCUACUUAACGGUGCACCCAGCUAA